AUGAAGAAGAUGGAGCUAUAUCACAAAAAGAUUCCCAACACGUCUUUGAUGAUGGAAUCAAUGGUUGUAGCUUGUCUCAGAAAAAGAGAAAGAGAGAAAAACAAAGACACGGAAACAAAGGAGCGCAGGAUGAGUUUACGGUGGAUUGUGUUGUGCAUGAACGAUGAACAUGCAACAGAAAAACGCUACCAUGAUAGACUGUGCUACAGUGCACCACCGAUAUGCUACGUAUUCAUGGCAGGGUCAUGCAAAUAA